AUGGUUAUCCGAAUCAUUUUAAAAAAUCAUUUGAGAUUUUGGAUAUUUUCAGCUCAGCAACAUGUUAAAACAAACAAUCAAAAAGAUGACGUUGAUGAUUCAUCCAAAAAUAAUAUUAAAACAUUAGAAAUAAUGAAAAAGAAACUAACUGGUAAUGUUUUCAGAGGUGUUGGUAAUGCAAGUGAAAUAAUCAAAGAGAAAACAAAUCGUAAACUACAAAAACCGACGAAAAAACAAUUGCAACAACAACAACAACAACGACGAUUAUUACUCGAAUGCAGCAACAAAAAUCUUCAAAAUGAAGAUAAAGUCAAGUCCAAGGAUAAUUGUGAUGUCAAUGACGAAGAUUAUGAAAUAACGAAAUUAAUUGAAAAAAGAAACGAUCAAUCAUAUAACAUUAACGAAAGAAAUAAUGAACUUAUUAUUGGAGAUAAACCCAUUGUAGGUAAUAAACGUGAAGAUCGGAAAAGAAAAUCGAAAAAUGAACAUCAGUUGCUGAAUGACGAUCAAAGUACAACAAACAAAAAAUUAUCUGACUGUAUUACGAAUUUACCAUUUGAUGAGCAAAAUAUUUUGACGAUUAAUCGUAAUGGUUCCUUAUUCUAUUGUAUUGAAGAUUUGUACUACAAAUCGUUUUCGCCGUUGUGUACAUGUGAUGAAUAUAUUAAAUUAUUAUCAUGUUUUCCAUUAUCAUCUCGUAACUCUAUUAUUCAUCACGUAACAUUAACAGAAAAAAUGGCCCUUGAUUCGUUAAAAUCCAUUAAAAAAUUUAAUGAUAUUAAAUAUCGUCUAAUUUCAAUUGGCUAUAACGAUUUUUUACAAAAAUUAUUAACGUUAUUAAAAGGCAUACCGAGAACAACAAUAGCAGUGACAGAAGGUGAAUCAGAAACGAAGGAAACAAUAACACGUGAACAAGACUUAAACGAUUUAAUGAAUGACAUACGAAAUUUGAAAGAUUUAACAAUGAAGACUAGAAGGCAGCAAACACCAACACCAACAUUAAUGACAACCAAUGAAACCAAUUCACUUUUAAAUGAGCAUUAUUCUGCAUGUGAUUCUCCUCAUCCUGAUCAAGAAAUAUCAGCAUCAAGUUGUUCACCACCACAUACUGGAUUUGAAAUGUCAGAAAUCACACAUUUACAAACAAGUGGAAUGACAACAGUGACUAAUGAAAUAAUCGAUCGAUAUCAUUUACCGUUUAAAAACAAACAUUUACUAUCUUUGCCUGCAAAGCGAAUAAAAAUUAUUAAAAAAAGGUCGAAAAAUCCAUCUAUACAGAAAAACGUAGCUAUACCACCAGUGGAACCACCCGUUACAUCCGAUGAUGAUUCAUCACUAAAACAGUUAUCAGCUAUUAAAACUCAACCACAAUUUGGUAUUUACAUUUUUGGUAAUGUGAGUUGUAACAUAUAUUCCAAUGAAAAGUGUCAAAAUCAAUUAACAGCCACAGAUGAACCGUUGACAUCCGUGCCCACAAAAGCAUUGAAAGAUCAAUUCGAAUUUUAUAAAGUAAAUAAUUCAAAAACUUAUCAAGAACAGUAUGAUGAUCAUCAUCAGUCGUCGUCACAACAGAAAGAUUAUUCGUUAGUUAAACAAUUACAUGACAGGCGAAAUGAACCAUCAUCGAAUACCUGUUAUUGCGAUGGUGAUAAAAUUGAUCAGACAUCAGUAGAGCAAAACUUAAAUACUUUGGAUUCAUCUCAGAAACAACACACUAUCGCUUUAUCGUCAUCACACAAACAAACUGGAGUAAAGUUCUUGUCAAAACCAGAUCAAUACAACAGACACCGUUCGUCAUCUAAUAGAAACGGGCAGUCUAUGAAGCAUAAUUCAAAGAUGGCAAAUACAACAUUGAUUAAUAGCAAAAAUGAUCUAACAAGUAUUUGUCAUUCAAACACGAAAACAUUGGUUAGUAAACAAUUUAAAGAGAAGUCUAUCGGAGAAGAGCAAAUGAAAUCGAAUGAUAAUUGCUGUCAUCCAACAAACUCAAAGACUUGUAUCUUGAACCGUAAUUUAUCAUUUAAACGACGUAUAUUAGAUUCUUAUAAUAGCGAUACGAACGAUAAUAAUGAGACAUCGAAUUCGUCUUCUGUCGAUAGUAAAUGCACUAACAUUAUACUUAAUAAUGUAGAAAUUUCGAAUACAAAAUGUUCUCGAAAAAACUUCGUAUCAUCAUCACCAAUGAUCAAUGUUGACACAAUCGUUCGUUCACAUUCUGGAUAUCGUUCUAAUGCGAAGUUGCAUCGAUCAAAAACAUUAUUAUUUAAAGAUAAUGGAGAACAUGCGAGAAAAAAUUUAAUUGAGAAAACCAUUACAGCAUCAUUGAAACGGUCAAAUAGUGUACCGACAUAUCAUUAUAAUAAUUGCACAAGUACUAAGAGUCAGUCUUCAAAUAGUGUGGUUCUGGCUACCUCGAGUAAUUCUAAUCUGAAUAGCUUAAAUACAAGCAAUGCUAUCACUGAUGAACCAACUAUAAAAGAGGAGCCUAUUGAUAUCACAGAAGAAGCAUAUCCAAUGAUUGUGGAUGUUGAAGAAAAUGUUUAUGAUCUCGAGAUGAAUCCCAUAAAUCAAAAUAUUGAUGUUGAGCGCACACCUUAUAAUAUUACCCAUUCAGCACCACAUACGCCGGUAAAAACAAAUAAAAUAUCUCAUCGUGCUUUUUUUACACCUCUAUCAGAUCGACAGCGCCUAACGGCAUCCGCAUCAACCACAGCAAUCUCUUUAUCUUCUCCAUUGCCUGAAAAACAAAACUCACACUUCACAGAUCAAAUACAUAAUUCUUUAUCAAAAAUUUCCACACCAUAUAAUUAUAUCUUGCCCAGAACAACAUCGGCAAGGACGUGUAAUUCGAGAAGAUCAUCGAAUUCGAGUUUAGCUUCCAUAGGGAUACCAACUCUACCUCCAAGAUGUCCGUCUGAAUAUAUGCUACACUCUUCAACUACGAUUGAUUUUCCAAAUCCAAAUCAAUUAUCUAAACAUUUACCAUUGUCGAUACCUAAAACAAAAACAGCGAUGUACGAUGUUUGUUGUAAUCCAUCUGACACUCCAGCAAUAACAACAACACAGCUCCGGCAAACGGAACCAUUGACAGCGGGAGCUUCAAAUCAUCAGCAGCAUCAGUAUAGUUAUCAAACAUCCACUCAUCCGAUAUGGACGAAUCAGAAUUCAUGCAGAAAUACUCAGUAUUCGAAUCAAUCAGCUUCUCAACAGUUAGAAUACGACUUCUAUUUAUUACCACGUUCUACAUCGACAGUUCAUCAACAGGCAUCAAACGUGAAGGUAUCUUCAAUUCAAAAGCCAACGUUUACAUCAGCUAAUUCCGUGCAUCAAUCGAAUUUAAAACCUAUACCAUUUACUAGGCCUACUGUGACUCCGCAACAUAUUGCUUACGAAGCGAAAAAUCUCUCAUUUACAUCUUGUAGUCAGUCAACUCAUACAACAGCUACUUCGCAGCCAACAUACACAAGUUGCAGUCAUUUAGGAGGAGAAAACGCACAAAUGUAUCGCCAAACCUCGAUACCACAGACACAUCCGCCUAGUAUGAAACGUAAUAUGUCAGAAAAUUCUUAUAUGAGUCAACCGAAACAACAACGUCUUGAUAAUAGACAACAUAUUAAUUCUUGCAGGACAACUGCUCAAACACCAUUUAUCCAUAAUGAUCAGAGUACCACUAACAAUUAUUCGAAUACGAAUGUCGGUCCACUAUCGUCAAAUUCAUUUAUUAACACACCGGGUAUGAUAGGUACCCACACGCCAAAAAAAAUACCUUGGAAGUCUCAAACAAUCUUCAAUGCUCCACCGGAAUUCGCUCAUCCCCAACUACGACAACAACAACGCACACGACAUCCACAUGACAUCGAUCGAUAUCGUUCAACUUGCAAACAAGAAGCGCCAGUGAUUAGUUCGCCAUGCACAAAAUCGCAAUCUUCACACUAUCAUCAACCGUUUGCUCCAACGUUUUCUAGUUUCAAUACCCAACAAACUCCAGAUUUAUCUCCAACAACUUUGACAGCGGCAGCAAGCAGCUUAAAUAAGCCACAAUUAGUCAUGCGUAAAGCUCAGUCAAACUUAGUGCCAUUGCCUACAAUAUUACAUGCUAAACAUCCUGUUUUCUCUUCUUCUACGCCAACAGUACUGAGAAAUCCCAGUCUUGAAUCGAUAACAGUGAAGGCUAAAAGUACUAGCAAUAAUAACAGUUUUGCUACAAACAUUCAUAGGUAUCAACCAUCACAAUCACAAUCUGAACCGAAGCCAGUCGAAUUAACAUUACCAAUUUGUCGUACAAGAAGCGUUGAUCUGCAAAAAGCCAUGAAGGCGAGAGAAUGUACUGCGACAGAUGAAAUAGCAAAAUUAGUCAUAAAACAUUCCAAAACCAUAAACAAUAAAGAAAUAAUAUUGACUGGACAGCUGUUUCCAUUAUGGUUUACUGAACCAGACUAUCGUUGCGUUCACUGUUUUAAUUGCGAUCAAGUGUUCACUCCUCAAGAGUUUAUGAUGCACAACGAUGAUCCAUUGACAAAAAAUUUUCCCGUACAACACAUGUCUUCAAUCCAACUGUUAUCGUCAGAAAAAAUUUCAGGACAAAAAGUACACUGGUGGAAUCAAUUUUGUACACGUCUAACGCGCUAUGCAAGCAACUUCAAUGAUCAAAAAACAGUAACAGUGGAUACUAAGCGAAGGAAGAAUAGCAGGAUUUCAACCGGGACUUCACUUGGUAAAACAAAACGAGUAAAGGUGACUCAGAAAAAAACUAAUGUAUCAUUGAUUAAACAAGUAAAUGACGAUCAGAUAGAAGAUGUAACACCAAAGACAACUCAUGAAUUAAAAUAA